AUGAUCGCUGAUAACCCGGUAGAACUACAGGUCGGAAUGCCGCCCACAGACCAACUAAGCACAAAUGCGACUAUCACCUGCGACUUCGACGUUCUUGAGGAAUUCUUGGAAGAAAUGAAGGCGUUCGACUGCCAGCCAGCCACGUCAACUCCGGCUCGGAAGGGCUGUUCCAAACGCUCCACUAAGAGAUCAAAGCAGCCCUACAAGAAUCCGAAUCCGGUAUGGAAGCGCCGUAAAGAAGAACUGCGAAAUCUACGAAUCGAAACAAAGGAGUUGGAAACUCAAGUGGCGUUUCUGAGGCUGCGGGACACCCACGCCAAGUUGUUUGAUGAGUGUAUGGGCACCACUAAGGGGCAGGAGCUAUGGAAAGCUGCCGCAAAGAGAGAGCGAGAAGGAUACCAGCAAGCUCAAGCUGAGAACUCGCAUCUUAAACAGUCGAUCAAACGCUACAAGAAAAUAUCUGAUACGCUGCAGGCGGCCUUAGAGAACGUGGAGAACAACGCGAGUUCGUUGCAAGGCGAGAUGCGGAUCGUACAUGGACUUCGAUUGCUUGGUACAACAGUUUUCAACAGGCUGGAGUGUCGUGUGCAGGCUCGACUCCAGGAACUUGACACCUUUCUCCACGACAAUCGGACUACAACAGAAGCAGGCGAUGCAGAUCAAAUCCGGAUUUAUCAGCAAGAAAGUCUCCACCCAGUCUCCGUAGUGGAGUUCACACGCAACCGCUUGAUGCCAUUUAGUGCCGAAAAAACGUCGACAAGCGUGUGGGAUAUCAUGAAGCUUGGAGACUUCCUGAACGAGAAAUUGAUCUCUACGCCCUCGGAAGAUGAUAUGGCAUCGGAAGGUUGGUACAACCAGCCACUGAAAUGUGGGGGUACAGCAAUGCUCCGAUCACACUGUUUAAAGAAGCGUGUCGCUAUUCCUGGAGGCUUCGCGGUUCUAGUGGAGGCGAUCUCGGAAUGGUCGGCGUAUCCGACGUCUUCUGCGCCUUGGAGGUAUGUGACGAGAGAUACAGGUUGGGCUUUUGUUUAUCCACUGGAUACGAACGGAUCUACGAGUAUGUGUCGGGUGCAAACGCUUCUACGGCUUACUACGGCAGACUCAAAUGAAGCUGUUACUGGCAACCAGCACAUAGCUCAGACCCAACUAACCACCUCUGUCGGUGAAGUCGUGAUCACAUCUUUUCGCGAAAUGAUACAGUCAAGACACCAGCUUUUGGAAAACGCGCUGCUGGAUUCGUCGCGUACAUCCGCUGCGUGCACAUUGUCGGGGUAGCUAGUCAUGAGUAUGUACGAUAUUAUGUUGAUAAUAACAAAGUUGAGCUCAGUCAUGUGCUUGUCCACCGAA